CGUUAAGUAUAUAGAACUCUGAUUGGAUAUACCCACUAAUUUGCAGAUGUCGUAUUAACGCGAUCAGAUUUAGGAUAAUAUCCCCAUUUGUCAUCAGAUAUACCGUACAAUCGAGCGACGUUAUGUAACUAUUUAGUUGCCCUUCAAGCGUUUUAUUUUCACCCUCUUCACUUUUUUUAUUUUUGUUCUCUUUAAUCUUUUUAAUAGUCGAUCCUUUUCCUUCCUUUUCUAUUCUAUUUUAUUUUACUAUCCGAAUCGGCGACGUAGAAAUCGACCAGUCGGUUGCCAUAGGAACGCUUUUCCACCCUUCCCACUUUGCCACCUACCCUCUCAACCUUCAUGACGUCACAUGGUUGCGUAAUAGAACACCAGAACCAAUUGCUGGCAGGAUUGCUUUAACGGGAAUAUCUGUUUUUCCAUAGGUCGUAACUGAAAAAGGUCAAAGACCUCGAACGAAUUUUUCAAUUCUGACGUUUGCAACUGAUAUUUUAUUUUAUUAUUUUGCUUGCGACGUGAGAACAAAAAAAUAUGUUCACGUACAUUCGACGGAAUAAUCGAUAAAGAUUGACCCAGGCAAUGUUUAGACUGAAAAGCUUGGGAAUAAAAAUGAAUAGAGAAGAAAUUAGGACUUCCCCAACGCAGAACAUGACCUCGGACUAUAAUACAAUUUAUGCGUCUAGAGUCGUCACGAAAAGCAAACGCGAAGAGUCGAGAAACGACUAAUUAAUUAAUCGAUGGACUAAUUCCUCUGAAAUUAUGUAACUAUUAUGUGCAACUGCAGCGCGUCCCUUACGUGAAAUGAUAUUCGUGCAAAUUCUAUAUGAAAAAAAAAUAGAAAAAAAAAAAACCAAGGACAGUCUUGAAAAUUAACCGAGUGAUUAGCUGAACUUGAAGAGGAAUUUUUUUAAACUUUUACAAACAAUAGUAUUCACACGUUGUGUAGAUUCUUAUGUAACUUGAUUAUUUAUUUUUUUUUUUCUGAUCUCGUAAAUCAGUCGAAAUUUAAAUCCGAUUAAAACCGUUGAAUAAAUUUUUGACGAUCACUCUCUUAGGUGUAUUUAUUUGUUAACUGAGGUAAUUGUAUUAUCCUUAUCUGAUUGUCAGUGCGGAAAACUCUGCACAAAACCCCUCUACGAAUGAAAAAAUAUUCGUUUUACGCACGAACUUGAAUGACGCACCGAGAGCGGAUUAAAUUUUCAAACAAUUUACGUAAAAACGAUGUAGAAAACGAAAUUUUGAGCCCAACUCAUAAAUUUUCUUUUAUUUAUAUAUACAAAUUAUUUUUCGGCUUUUUGGUUCAUAUCGCAAUUCAUUUAGUUUAUUCAAGCAUUCGCAUAGUAUGAGCUUUAUUUGGUUUCCAGAUUCUAAUUUCAAGGACUCUUCUGUUUGUUUAAAAGUAAAUUUUCAUGUAUAAUUAUUAUUCACGUUGUGUCAAUGAUUGUUACUUUAAUUUGUAGACAUUUUUUUUUCACAGGAAUUUUAUAGAACCCAGGAGACAAAUUUAAACAGGAUUUCGUGGCCGAUAAUUACCACUUUAUUUUUAUGUUAACCUUGGCGUUUGAUUUUUAAUCAGGUCGUAGCUGGAUUUUAUGUAAUUGCUUAUUUAUUAUUAUGGUUUUGCUCACGCUCCUGUAUCGCACGCACUUUCUUGCACCCAUACAAGCACGACUCACGUUAAAUUUCAUUAGACAUUGCCUCAAUGGUGAGUAGAAAGUUGAAUUUAAUUUUUUUGACUAUUCAAAAUUACAAUAUUGUCGUUUAUCAUUUUUUUGUGUCAAUAUUUGUGUAAAUUGAUCGAUUAAGAAUUAUUACGAGGAGACGAAUUUCGUGGAGCAGAGGACUGAAUCGAAUUUUCAAUCUUUUCUUUUAGGGCAAGGCGAGCGAAGAAGUGUGCAUGCUGAAGCGGACAGUAAUUUUUUUCAACGGUGGUAAGACCCAAUUUCGGGGCCUUAUGGUAGGUGAGGAAAUCCUACGUGUUCUGAGAAUCGAAAUAAACGGCCUCAAAGGGUGGCCGCGUCGUUGGACCCACUGAAACGUUAUAUCGUUUGAAGUAACCCAAGAGAAUGGCGGACAAGAAUCAAAAUUUUAUUCCAGAAUCAGCGAAUUCUACGCAUUCAGCUGACCCCGGUCAAAAGAGAAUCCAAAGUUCGGUGAAAGCGGGAAACAAUAAUUUUCCCGCGCCCGUAACAACUGGAGUUAGAAAAGAAGGACUCUAUACUAAAAAAGACGGUGGCACUAGGAACGCAAAUAUUACCAAGGAAUCUGCUUCGAAAUCUUUCGAAGACCAACAUUCGAUCUGGAACAACAAUUACGACCAUCCGAAAAAUGAAUCUCCCUCUAAAAAAGGACUCGCACCGAUAGUCGGUUGGCAAAACGGAAGUCCAACGGUUUUCCCGAGCUCACCGGUCAACACACCCGGGAGCGCCGGACCUUCGAAGACGUCCGACAACGAAAAUGAGAACUCAACCGCUUACAAAAGCUCGGAAAUCGGUAAGGAAAGCGGAAAUAGCGAAGGUAACGUCGAAGAAACACGUUCACCGGUAAGUCCGAUACCGACGAUCGAUCGCAGCGUGGAGUCCUUGGAUCCUGACAAGGAUACCUCGCGCACGAAUUCAUUGGAUUUUGGAAAAAGCAAGGACGUCAGUCCAGGCGCGGAAUCCGAUGACAAAUUGAUAAUGUUGAGUUCAGAAACGGAUUGUACCGACGAUCGUGUUCCCGCUACUCCAGCUUUCAGCUAUUUAACGUCGCCAAAUUUAACUGUAGGAACGAGUCCCACCAAUCAAAGUCCCGAGGAAUUCAGUAACAAUAACGUGCAGGGAACAAACGCCAAAAUUCCAGAAAAAACACAAGGUAUUCUGGUGCACAGGAAAUAUUCCGACGUCACCGUCACUUCGAAUCCUGGAUACCUGGACUACGACCCGAAGGACUUCGAUUCGAUAGACGGCUCUCAGAGUAUCCUUGAGAUUUACGACGAGGAGGAGAACGGGAGAGGAAAGUCCAAGAUUCCAGACGGAGGAUGGGGAUGGGUGGUGGUAGCGGCUUCGUUGAUCAUUUCAAUGGUUGCCGAUGGCGUAUCGUUCAGUUUUGGUCUUCUCUACAUAGAAUUUCUCCACGAAUUCAAAGCUUCUAAUUCGAAAACCGCUUGGAUCGGCUCCCUCUUCAUGGCGGUCCCGCUACUCUCGGGACCGAUAAUGUCCGCAUUGGUAGACAGAUACGGUUGUAGAAAUAUGACGAUACUCGGAGGGCUGAUAUCGGGGUGUGGUUUUAUUCUCAGUUCUUUCUCUCGAUCCAUCGAGGUAAUGUAUCUGACCUUCGGAGUCUUUGCUGGUCUGGGUUUGGGAUUGUGUUACGUUACGGCCGUCGUGAGCAUUGCCUAUUGGUUCGACAAAAAGCGCACUUUAGCUGUAGGUUUAGGGGCAUGUGGUACCGGAAUCGGGACAUUCGUUUACGCUCCGAUGACGACGUACUUCAUAAGGGAGUACGGAUGGCGAGGGACCUGUAUCCUCCUCUCCGGGACGUUUUUUAAUCUGAUCGUUUGCGGCACGGUCAUGAGAGACCCGGAAUGGUGGGUCCAAGAACAACAGAAACAAGGUUUGGGAUCACCGAGGAAAUCCACCGGACGUUCCGAACUGGGAGGUUCCGCCGGGAGUCCUUCCGAAGAAUUUCCAGGGGUAGAUGAGAUCAGGAAGCUUCUGAAAAGCGGCCAAGCACCCGAAUAUUUGCUGCAAAGUUUGAGCACCAGCACCCAAGCUCCUCCGAAUGCCAGGGGUGGAAACUUCAGGAGCGUCGUUAAUCUUCCGACCUUCGUCCGGCAGAGCGAAAAGGUCCCUCUGGAAGUAUUGGAAUCCCUGUCCGGCAAUUCGAGACUCUACAAUGUUAUUUUGGAAAAUUAUCCCAGUUUGUUACUCUGCAGAAGUUUGUCUGACAAAAAACUUGAGGAUUCCACGGGAGAAGUUUCGAAUGCCAAUAAGACCGGAGUCACGAUGUCCAUGAGGUUACAUACCUGGAUCAAACAAGCUACGGAAAGGGCGAAGACUUCGGCCCCCGUUCACGAUUCCCGUCCCGGAUCGAGACAUGCCUCGUCAAAGUUCCUGGCUACCCACAGGAUGUCCCGCAAAGAUCUCGAGGAGACGAAUCCGUUGCUUGCCAAAGAGCUUGCCCAAGCGAUUGCCGAAAGCGAGAGAGCAAAAUCACAUUCUCGUCACCAUUUGCCAGGAUUUGGGGGUGGCGUCGUUAGGACGGAUUCGAUUCCCUGGCUCAGAAGGCAGUUCAACACAAAUACUCAUUACUUCAAGGAUAUCAGAGUUCACAGAAACUCCGUAAUGUAUCGAGGAGCGGUUUUGAAUCUGCAUAAGUAUCGCCUGAGAGCCAGCAGUUGUCCUGAUAUUUAUAGAAACAGUAUGACGACGUUGGCCAAAGAAAACGAAGAGAAAUGGUACGGCGAAUUGAUCGAGCUUUUGAAAGGAAUGACGGACUUCUCCAUGUUUCUGGAACUCCACUUUCUCAUGUUAUCACUGUCGACGAUUCUCCUGUUCACCUGGUUUGUUGUGCCUUAUUUUUACCUGGCCGAUCAUCUAACGCAAAACGGUUACACGGAAGAUGACGCUGCUCACUUACUCAGCAUUAUUGGAAUCACCAACACUAUCGGAAUGAUCGGUCUCGGCUGGGCCGGAGAUCAGCCCUGGAUGAACGUGAGCAAAACUUACACAUGGUGUUUAGUGGCGUGCGGUGUCACGACUAUUUUGAUGUCAGUUUUAACGGCUUACUAUUAUUUGCUGAUGUUGACUUGUGCAGGUUUCGGUCUUUUUUUCGCUAGUAACUUCAGUUUCACCCCUGUAAUAUUGGUCGAAUUGAUACCCUUAGAGAGAUUCACAACCGCUUAUGGCCUGAGUCUUUUGUGCCAAGGAAUUGGAAAUCUUCUGGGACCUCCGUUAGCUGGUUUGAUUUUCGAUAUCACUCGCUCGUGGGAUUUGUCUUUUCUUUUAGCAGGUUCUUGGAUCAUAGUGUCCGGUGUAUUAUUAGGUUUUAUUCCCUACACGAAAAAUCGAAAAAUUUGGGGGAGCGGUCCCAUCGAAAUGGACAAGGAGAGGGACCCUGAAUACUGAGGAUUCGAUCUUGUAGGUAAAAAAAAAUCAAUUCAAUCAGCAGCAACUUCUUGCACAAAUAGUAUAUUGUCAUGGAAAUUUGAUAUCCAAAAACGAACCAUUUUCCAUACGCUUCGGAUGAAAAAUGUAUCGAAACGAUCGAUUAUUCGAAUGUCGAGUAAUGUCUCCGUGUCAAUAUAACGCGUUGUUACGUUGAAUUAUAUUUUUUAAUAUUUCUCUUCAUUAGCGAUUAAUGAUCAAAAUCAUCUGAUGAAUUAUUGUUACCAUAGAUAAUGUUAUUGCCAUUUAUUACUAAUAGUAGAUAUUAUUAUUAUCGUGUAAUUUUCGAUUGAAAGUUGACUAAUUUUAGUAACGUUAUGACCAUGAUUUUUCAUCGGCCGGUGCAAACGAAGAGUUGAAGUAUACGCUUAAAAUGUAAUAUUCUAGAGAGAAGAAGAGAAAAAUUUAUAGCGGUAGAAUGAAGUGAAUAACGUUUAUCUUCAGUCUAUUCGAUAUAUUUCUAUUACAUAUACACGUUCAUAUUCCGAUCUAUUCGAGUUAUACUAUGUAUAUAAUUAUAUAAAUAUGAUUACACUGUGUAUUGAUAUACAAGUUGAACAAAAAAAAAAGAAAUUUUCAAUUCUUCCAAUUAAGAGUUAGCGAAUAAUGAUUGCAUUGAAAAAUAAAUAUCUAUCGAAAUUAAUUUUUUGAAAUUCCAAUAUAAUCUAGAAACGGGAGUAUAAAAUUUUGGAAAGUUUACAAACUACAUAUAUGUAUACUUUUUGCCUUGAAAAGAAAAGAAAAAAAGACUCACAAUUAAUGAAAUACAACGCAAUCUUUUUAUCGAUCUACGAACUAGCUAUAAAUAUUUAACUUACGUUAUUAAUCACGAUUUACCUUUCUCAGGUUUCUAUAAAUUCCUGAUAAAAUGUAAAAUCGAUAUAUUUUCGGUUGUGAGAUUAUAAUAGUUUGCUAUCGAUUUUAUUAUGCCUUUAGGUUUCAUAAAAUCCCUCGUUGGUUGCUUCAAAAGCAAUCGUCGAUAUACGUAAUUUCCUCUUUUCUUAAAAAGAAAAGAAAUAAUUUCAACGGUGUACUGCAUUUACACUAUACAAUGAAAAUAUAUUACAGUUGCUACACGUUAUGUACAGUUAUAAAUUGUCACAUUAUGUACCAUA